GCGCCUCCCUGUCCCCCUACAGCGCGCGCAUUCGUCGCCUUCGGGGGAGCGUUCCUCCGCACGCGCGUGCUCACGGACGGCAUGGAACGUCAGCAGGCAGGCGGACAGACGGAUGAGCGUCGCAUGCCGUGCAGCAGAGAGCGGUGACGUGGCACCUGCUGAUUGGGUGAACACGGCAGGGACGCACAAGCGGCCCCAGCAGGUGUUCUACUCCAAAAAGGGUGAGAAAUUUCUGUUACAAACGGGCGAGAGGAUGGAGCUGAUGGAGUUACCCGAGGGUACAAGAGUGGUGUACCCUGGACUGUGCAAGGAUGGCGAAUCCAACCCCAACAAGAUGCGAGCCAUGAUACGGCACGCUCUGGACAACCCUGUGGGGCAGCCGCCGCUAAAGGAAAGACUUCAGCAAAUCAAGCACGCCAAUCCCAACCCCAAGAUCCUGAUGGCGUUUGACGAUGUGAGCGUGCCGCUGCCGCCCAUGCGCCGCCCGGACUUACGGCAACUGAUCUUGGAGGAGGCGGAGAGGGACUGCGUGGCGGCGGGCAUCACAGACAUCCGCUUCGUGUGCUCCAUCGCUCUGCACCGCUUCGUUCGCCCGGACGAGUUCCGGCACAUCUGCGGGGGGUACCUGUACGGCAAGUACUACCCGCAGCGCAUGGGGAAUUACAACGCUGUUGAUAUGCACGAGACUGUGGACAUCGGUGUCACACGGCACGGGGAGGCUGUUCAGAUCAACCGGCACUUUGCGGAGGCGGAUCUGGUGGUGUAUGCGAAUGUGAACUACGUGAGCAUGGACGGCGGGUACAAGUCCUACGCCACUGGCCUCGUGCAUUACAACUGUCUGCGCCACAACCACGACUCCAACACACUGCGCAACACCAGGUCGCUGUUUGACCCGGCGCGCAGUGCGCUGCACAGGUCGUUCCACCGCAUCGGGCGCAUGAUGCAGAAGCACACCGACGUCUUCCAUGUCGAGACUGUCGUUGACGACCAGCUGUUCCCGUUCUACGUGGGCUUUGUGUCAGAGCUAGUGCGCAACAUGAGCCCGCUGCAGAAGCUCUUUAUGCACUCCACCAUUCUGCUGCUCAAGCUGUUGCCGCUGUGGCUAUGCGUCAAGGUUUUCUGGUUCAUGCGAGCCCCGUUCGGCCUGCUGCAGGUGACAGCAGGGGAGACCCAGGCGGUGCAUGAGAGGACACUGGCCACCAUAUACCGGGACAAGGUCAUGGACGUGCAAGGGCAGGCGGACAUCCUCAUUCUGGCGCCCAGUGCGUUGGGGCCGUACACCAAAGACAUGUUCCUCAACCCCCUCCUCGUGAACACAUACGCGCUGGGAUACUAUUACAACAUGUAUGUGGACGGCGUGCCUCUACUCAAGGAGGGCGGCUGUGUGAUAAUGGUGAACGAGAUGAACUACGAGUGGUCAUCGCCGGCGCACGACGCGUACCGGCGGCUCUUUGAGGAGGUGCUGGCAGUGGCUCCAGGGCUGGACGAGUUUGAGCGCUUCCAGCAGCAGUUCGUGCAGGACGAGCACCUGAAUGACAUCUACCGCCAGGGCCUGGGGCCUGCUGCCGUGCACGGCUUUUACAUGUACACGUGGGCCGCUCACGGCAUGGAUAAGGUGGGCAAGGUGUAUGUGGUGGGUGCUGUGGACCCGCGGGGGCCGGCUGUGCUGCGCUGGGAGAUGGCGGACAGCAUACAGGACGCAGUGGACCAGGCGCGGCUGUUCCUGGGCAACAGCAAGGCGGAGGUGACGUAUCUGAGGUGCCCGCCGGUGGGGUAUGUGCGCGUGCACACGGAGGGGCAGGGGGAAGGCAGUGCUGCGGAGCAGGUGCAAGGGGAGGCAGCGCAGGCCGUGGGCAAUCACCACUGA